CGGGCCUUCCUAUGUCGAAAUCUCGUCUAUGAUAGAGCCAUCUUUACCCUUGUCGUAUACCACACAGAAGCUGCAAGAGUCAUUGCUCGUCCCGCGUUCUUCUAAGUCGACCACGGCAUCACUACUCCAAUCCUCGUUACCACAAUGAAUCAGCCACAAGUCGACAAUACACAAAUCAGUGGCUUCUACGGUCCCGGGGCUUGGGCUGCCUGGGUAAUCACCAUGGUUAUCUCUUGGGCACCCAUCGUUCAAAGGGACUUCACUCACAACCUUCACUUCAUCGGAUACGCGCUGUAUACUAAUUGGGCUACUAUCGACCUUAUGCAUCAUAUGAAACUCGCUUUACAACAUCAAAGAGACUUUGGGGAGUUAGAGUAUCCUCAGAUAGGAAAUCUCAUCGCCUCCUCCGCAGUCUUGCAUAUCGGCAUAUACCUCGCUAUAUCGCAACUCGUCACGUGUCUAUUCCAAUCACAGGUUCUCGGUUUUGAAGACAAGUCUCCAAUGAUGCGGCGUCAAUUGUUUUUAACUCUCGGUCUCGUGCUUCCAGUUUCAGUGGUCUGUUUCUCUGUGGGAUCAACUUUCAACUAUCUUGUUCCCCGUAUGAUUCCUCUAAGUUUCCUUUUCGGCUUUUCCGUUGAGCUUUACAGCUUCUGUGACCUUGUGGGGUUAUUUAUCGAUUUCAAAUACUCUGCUGUUGUUACCAUUGUCCAUUUUACUAUUUUCUGUUUCUCCAUAAAAUGCUUCAUUCUCUUUUUCUUAUCGGAUGUUUCAUAUAUAAUGGAUGAGAGCAACUUGAUACCUCAUAAACGUUGUUACUUCGUUCCAUGUGCGCCGCAAGACAUCGAUGAGUGGGAUCAAGUCUUUUCUUUGCUUGUGGCAUUGUUCCUAUUCUUGUAUGAGUUUGGGCUAGGAAUACUCAACGCCGUGAAGAAGGGUUUCCAGACGUGGCUGACAGCAGUGUGGUAGUUUAGAUAUAUACAAGUGCUAUCUACGGUUCUUGCAAUGGGCUACAUGAUCGAACAUCUCCGUAAAUAUCACUCGAAAUCGUGAAAGGCAUGCAGCAGCAUGAAAUCGAGAACCAUUGAGCCCUCCCAGCCAUGCGCACUUUGAUAUCAACAUUUAGAUGAUGCGUUGAACCGAUGCACAAUCUCAAAGAAGCUUCCUUUAUCGUGAUAAGUUUUGAUGGGGGCGUCCUGAUAACGGUCGAGAUUACACAGCCCCCGCGCUUUAGUGGGUGAGGCUGAGCGAAAGCCACGUG